UCUUCAUCUGAACUGGCUAGUUCGACUUUGUUGUCCUCCUUUUCUUUUACUUCGCAGAAAGAAUUGCUAAGCAUUGGAAGGGGCGGUGGGGUCACUGUCCCUGGAGGUGUUUAAGGAAAGGCCGGACAUGCCACGGGCUGCUUGGCACGGUGGCGUCCGGUCAUAGUUUGGCCUCGGUGAUCUCAGAGGUAUUUCCCAACCUCAUGAAUUCUGUGAAACCAAGAAUUUAACUAGCGGGGCAGCCUGACCCGCCCGGCCUGAGGGCGGAGCGGGGCUCCCCCGUAGCGCCCGGGCCCAGCCCCGCCCUGCCUCAGGCGGGACCGGGAGGAGGAACCGGGAGGAGGAACCGAGGAGGAGCCACGAGGCGGGACCCGAGGAGGAAGCCGAGGAGGAGCCGCGAGGCUGGACCCGAGGAGGAAGCCGAGGAGGAGCCGCGAGGCGGGAUCUGCGCGGCCGGGGCUGCGGGCGAGAGGCCGCCAUGGAGGCGUUUGCGGGAGUGCCUGUGGCCAUCGCCGUGGCCGUGGUGGCGGCGUCCGCGCUGCUGCUGCUGCUGCUCCGAGGGACGGCGCGGAGGCCGAGCGGCCCCGUCACCCUGCAGGACCCGCUGGCCAAGUACCCGCUGCGGCUGCUGGACAAGGAGGAAAUCAGUCACGAUACUAAGAAAUUUAGAUUCGGGCUACCCUCAACGAAUCAUAUAUUAGGAUUACCUGUAGGCCAACAUGUUUACCUUUCUGCAAAAAUUGAUGGGAAUCUGGUGGUUCGAGCCUAUACCCCUGUUUCCAGUGACGAGACAAAAGGUUACGUUGAUUUAAUUAUAAAGGUCUACCACAAAAAUGUGAACCCCAAGUUUCCAGAAGGUGGGAAGAUGUCCCAGUAUCUAGACAACAUGAAGAUUGGAGAUACCAUUGAUUUCAGAGGGCCAAAUGGACUCCUGGUCUAUAAGGGGACAGGUACCUUUCUUAUCAAGCCUAAUAAGAAGUCUGAAGCAGAGAAAAAGUUUGCAAAGCACCUUGGGAUGAUAGCUGGAGGAACAGGAAUAACUCCUAUGUUGCAGCUGAUCCGUCAGAUCACAAAUGAUCCUAAGGACUCCACAAAAUGUUACCUCCUUUUUGCUAAUCAGACAGAAAAUGAUAUAUUGCUGAGAGCUGAGCUAGAAGACCUUGCCAAGAGGCAUCCUGAGCAGUUUGUGCUGUGGUACACGCUGGACAGACCUCCAAAAGACUGGAAGUACAGCUCUGGCUUUGUCACUGCAGACAUGCUGAAAGCCCACCUGCCUCCCCCUGGCAGUGAGACCCUCAUUCUCAUGUGUGGGCCACCACCAAUGAUUCAGUUUGCCUGUCAGCCCAACCUGGACAAGCUUGGCUAUCCCAAGAGCAGUACAUUUGCUUACUAACAUCAAUGUCACUGAUACCUUUUGUGGAAGUACUGCAUAUUUUUCUACAGGAACAGUUGAUGUGCAACUGUGCAGUGAUUGUUUGUGUGUGUGUUUUUUUAACACCUUGAUGUAAUUUCUGUGGUUUAUAACUUCAUAAUUACCUUUUGUGUUUUAAUACUAAGAAGUUGAGAAAUCAUCUUGAAUUCUGUGGGAGUUACUUAGUCUUACCUCUGGAAUUAGUAUAAAAUAGUAAUUCUGAGGGAAAAAAAUGUAAAGAUGAAAGGUCAUCCACAUGGAUUUGUGUUAAAUAAUUCCACAGUCAGCAAAAGAGAGGGGAACAUUCAGAAUUUAUUCAUAACAUUCAAGAAAUAAGCAUUUAUACCAGUGUUAUGCUAACUAGGAUUUCUUACUACGUAUAUUUAAAAGAAGAAUCAAUUGUUUUGUGGAUUGACUAUUCACAGCCAAGUUAGCACAACAACACACUGAGUUGUAAAUACAGCAUUGAAAGAAAACAGGAAAUACUGUGUUUGGACUAUCCCAGGGCAGCUGGAGCAGCCAAUCCCAUUUGCAGUGCUGUAAUAAGUCUGUUGGCUAAUUGACCUGACAAAGUAUUUCAAAUGCCCAUGGUACCUGACUGCAUUGCCAGACCGGUACAUUUAACACCUUUUAUUAAACAUUAAACAUUAGUACUUUGCUGA